UUCCCCUUUCUUUUCUCUCUCUCUCCAGCGCCGACAAGGACUACGAUGCCUCCCUCAUCUACACCAACGUGAUUGUAGAAGCCGACGGGACGGUUAAGCUCCUGAUCCACGCCAUCUUCACCUCCGCCUGUGACAUCGACAUCCAGUGGUUCCCCUUCGACCAGCAGACGUGCGAGAUGAUCUUCUCCUCCUGGACUUCCGAUGUCAAUCAGGUCAUGCUGGAGAUGGGUCCGUCCGACAUCACCCGCUACCACCCGAACCACGAGUUCUUCUUGGAGAACUUCUGGUCCGAGAUGAAGGUGGAGAGCGACCCCUGCUGCGAGGAGCCCUUCUCCAUGGUCAUCUAUCACGUUCAGCUGCAAAGGCGGGUGAAAUUUGCAUUGUUUUUCUUCAUCAUACCUGGAGUCCUUAUCAACAUUUGUGCGCUGCUCGUGUUCUCGCUUCCGGCCGAGACGGGAGAGAAGGUCGGCCUAGGGAUCAAUUCCAUGUUGGCUAUGAUGGUGUUCCUCAUGGCCAUGACGGAGAAUCUGCCGCCCACGGAGACGCUGCCUUUGGCUGGUGUCUACUACGGCGUGUGUCUCAUCGUGCUGACCUGCAACAUUGCAUUCUCGGUGUAUGUGCUGAACUUGUCUUACUCUGGCGAUCGAGGUCACCAGAUUCCACACUGGGUCAGAACGAUAGCGCUUAUGACCACCAAAGUGAUAUUCAUGAAGGUACCAGAUUUCAUCAUCAAACAAUGGGGACUUGAUACGGACUCGGUGACCCCGUUCGACAUGAACAGUGAGUUCAAGGAGAUGCACAUCAACGUAGUCAAAGUGAACGCACGCUCGAAGAUGGAAGGAACAGCCAUAUUGAAAGACGACUUCCAGCGGCGCUCCGUGGAGGCCCUGGAGUCGAUCCAGCAGCACAUGGAGGAGCAGACGCAGCACUACGAGGAGACGCAGCGGCGGACCAGCCUGGUGGAGGAGUGGAAGUUCCUGUCGCGCGUGCUGGACCGCGUCCUCUUUAUCCUGUUCGGGAUCACGACCUUCCUUUUCAACAUCAUCAUCUUGACGCAGUCGCCCUUCGGAGAGAAGUUUGAAUACUGCCCGCUGGGGCCCGGCCUCUGCGCUGACGGCUACAGCUUCGGGACCGCCGCCGAGAUCGGUGCAGCCAUGGGCGGCGGCGGCGGCGGCGGCGGCGGGGGGCACUAGGGCGUCUCCCUUGCCAUUCGUUAAGAUUGCCUUUAUUAUUAUCAUAUCAUCUUUGAACAGGACAUUAUUUCUUACUGAUGUUCUAACUCUAGCAUAAUAAUGAUGAUAAUAAAGAUUGCAACGUCAGCAUAUACCAUGAGUGUUAUGAUAAUAAUCACAAUGCUAAUAUCAGUAAUAGCAGCAAAUAUAACGAUAUAUAGAGAGAUUUAGAAUUAGAUAUUCUCUUACUGUUAUCAUCAUCAUCUUUUUCUUUUUCUUUACUUACAUUCUAAGCUUUCGCCUUUCGUCUUCAUCAUCUGACGGCGGCCCUCAUGCAACAGUCCGGCGCACUUGUAGAUAUCGUCCUUCUAACAUCAAAUCCUGUGCAGAAACAACAGUAUACUAAUAUGCCAAUUAUUUAAAAAAAAAAUGGACGAGAAUGAUUUCACAGAGAAAGAUGUGUUGUUAUUUUUUUCGAUAUUGUAAUUAUCAUCAUAUUUCUAAUGAAGGCUGCGGUAUAGGAAAGCUAAAUGCAUAGCAAGGGUGUGGUAGGACUCACGUAGGGAAAAGGCGCUGCUCGUACUGUAGGAAAAUGGGAACACACA